AUGAAUCCUGCUAAAGAGUUAUUGAAUACAUCGUUGCUUCUCUCCCUACUUGUUUUCCGAUUUUGCAUUUCCCUUGACACCAUUUCCCCCAACAAGCCCUUUAAAGACGGUGACAUCCUGGUUUCGAAAGAAGAAACUUUCGCACUUGGGUUUUUCAGCCCGGGAAACUCUAGCCGCCGCUACGUCGGAAUAUGGUAUAACAAAGUUUCUGAACAAACCGUUGUGUGGGUAGCAAACAGAGACAAACCUCUCAAUGAUGCCUCCGGAGUCCUCUCCAUCAACAGCCAUGGAAACCUCGUCCUUACCAACAACCUAAGCACUCCAAUCUGGUCUACAAACGCUUCAGUCUCAUCCACAAACAAUUCUAUGGCUCAGCUCUUAGAUUCUGGAAAUCUUGUUUUGGCUCUACGAGACAGCCAAAGGGUUAUAUGGCAGAGCUUCGACUAUCCCACCAACACAAUGCUUCCUUUCGCGAAACUUGGGCUGGACCGGCGAACCGGGCUCAAUCGUUACCUAACAUCUUGGAAGUCCAAAGAUGAUCCGGGAACCGGCUACUGCUCAUAUGGGAUUUACCCAAAUGGGUACCCACAAUUGUUCUUAUACGAGGGUAGAACUCCCUUGUGGCGGGGCGGAUCUUGGACCGGCCGGAGAUGGAGCGGUGCACCCGUAAGGAUAACGAAUUUUGUCAGUCCUAGCUUUGUGGACAAUCAAGAUGAGGUCACUACCAUGUCUGGCUUAAUUAAUCCUAAAGUACUCACAAGAUUAGUAUUGGAUGAAUCAGGAGCCGUUGAGCGGUUAACAUGGAACAAUAAUAAAUGGGUCACAUUUUGGUCCGCCCCGAAAGACUGUGAUAUGUAUGGAGAGUGCGGUCCAAAUAGUUAUUGCGAUCCAUAUGAUCCCAACAAAUUUCAAUGCACAUGCUUACCCGGGUUCGAACCCAUGUCAACCCAUGAUUGGAACAUGAGAGACGGGUCGGGCGGGUGCGUGAGGAGACAAGGAGCAUCCACGUGCCGCAGCAAAGAAGGGUUUGUGAAGUUGGCACGUGUGAAAGUCCCGGAUACUUCAAUAGCACGUGUGAACAUGAGUUUGAGUUUGAAGGAAUGUGAGCAGGAGUGCUUGAGGAACUGUUCUUGUACAGCUUACAGCAGUGCAGAUGAGACAAGGGGAGGGAUUGGGUGCUUGUCAUGGCAUGGGGACUUGGUGGACAUCAGAACAUUUGCCAAUGCAGGACAAGAUUUGUAUAUACGUGUGGAUGCAGUUGUACUGGCUCAAUAUGCAAAGAAAAAUGGUCUUAUGCAGAGCAAGAGCAUGGUGGCCAUUCUUGAAUCUCCAAGGGAGCUCGAUGGGAGUACAAGAAAUUCAGAUUUACCAUUCUUUAAUCUAAGUAUCAUAAUUGCAGCUACAGAUAAUUUCUCUGAUGCUAACAAGCUUGGACAAGGUGGUUUUGGCUCAGUUUAUAAGGGUCUCUUAGAUAAUCAGAAAGAAAUUGCAGUAAAAAGACUAUCAAAGUACUCCGGACAAGGAAUAGAAGAAUUCAAAAAUGAAGUUACAAUAAUUGCUAAACUCCAACAUAGAAACCUUGUAAGGAUUCUAGGUUAUUGCAUUCAAGGAGAGGAGAAGAUGUUAAUCUAUGAGUAUUUGCCAAACAAAAGCCUCAACUUUUUCAUUUUUGAUGAAACAAAAAGGUCAUUGUUAUAUUGGGAAAAACGCUUUGAGAUUAUUUGUGGAGUUGCUCGAGGACUCUUAUAUCUUCAUCAAGACUCAAGAUUAAGAAUUAUCCACAGAGACUUAAAAGCUAGCAAUGUUCUGCUUGACAAUGCAUUAAAUCCAAAAAUUGCAGAUUUUGGUAUGGCUAGAAUCGUUGGAGUUGACCAAAUUGAAGCAAAUACAAAUCGCGUCGUCGGAACAUAUGGUUAUAUGUCACCAGAGUAUGCAAUGCAUGGACUAUUUUCAGUGAAAUCUGAUGUAUAUAACUUUGGGAUUUUGCUGUUGGAGAUCAUUACUGGCAAAAAGAACAAUGCUUAUUAUCAUGAAGGCCCCUCCUCCAAUUUGAUCGGGCAUGUUUGGGACCUAUGGAGAGAAGAUAAAGCCAUGGAAAUAGUUGAUUCAUCAUUGGGUGACCAAUAUGCUAAUGAAAUUUCAAGAUGUAUUCAAAUUGGGCUUUUGUGUGUCCAAGAAUAUGCAACAAAUAGGCCGACCAUGUCAACAGUUGUUUUGAUGUUGGGUAAUGAUACAUCUCUUCCUUAUCCAAAACAACCUGCAUUCAUCCUAAAGAGCACGUACAAUAGUAGGAAUAGAUCAAUUAGUGAAGGAGCUAAUUCUGUAAAUGAAGUAACAAUUACUAUGAUUGAUGCUCGCUAG